CGAAGAAAAGCAAAGAAGAACAGAAGACAAGCGCAAUUCGAAGAAAACUGCAAAUAAAAACCAAGACGACAGCGGAUCAUGUUUGUUCCCUUGCCGGUGCCGUUCGUCUUUCAGAGAACUGCUUCCGACUUCAGCGCCUGGCGUCUCAAGUCACCGCUGGCUCUACGCUCCAGCUCCGAUAUCAGGAUGUCAAAACCAGCAGAGGAUGAGAAGCCUGGGGCAGACUUUCCAGGGGAGAGCACAGACUCCGAGAGGAACAGUCCUGAUGCCAAUGAUCAGGUUCAGCCAAUGAAAACGAGUCCCUUCAGUCUUUCUCCUACCUUGAGCAGCAUCAAGAGUAAAAGUGAGGCGGGACCUGAGAUGAUCUCCACCCAUGUGCCACCUCCUUCCCAGCAGCAGACGCCUCACCCUCACACACAACUCAUGUUGGCAGGGAGUCAGCUGGCAGGGCUGGCUGCCCUCUUGCCUGCGCAGCAGCAGCUGUUGCUUCAGCAGGCCCAGGCUCAGCUCCUGGCCGCCGCCGUGCAGCAGUCCAACGCGGCUCACGCUGCCCAUGCCGCCCACGCAGCCGCCCAAGCCAAUCAGCAGCAGCAGCAGCAACAGCUGACCAAACAGGAGCAAGCUCCGCCCCAGCUCACCCUCUCUCAGCCUAUCCAGCUCACCGCCCAGGAUAUCCAGCAGCUGUUGCAGCUGCAGCAGUUAGUCCUGAUGCCCGGCCACCACCUGCAGUCUCCUCAGUUCCUCCUGCCUCAGGCCCAGGGACAACAGGGGCAGCAGGGUAAGUGGGACCUACUAAGUUUGCUCUCGACACCUAAUUUAAUUUCGCUACCUCAGCAUCAGCAAAGCCAGGGGAGUCUUCUAACUACUCCACCCAGGCUGGGACUGCAAGCACAGCGUCGCCAAGGUGACGGCCUCUCAUCAUUACAGAGGGACAAGAGCGGGGACGGCGGGGUGACCUCUGGGGCCUCGGCAGCCCCCAUGACCUCAGUGACCUCUGGCCCUCACGGCGAGGAGCCCAGUGACCUGGAGGAGCUGGAGCAGUUCGCCCGCACCUUCAAACAGAGACGCAUCAAACUGGGCUUCACACAGGGUGACGUAGGCAUGGCGAUGGGGAAACUGUAUGGGAAUGACUUCAGCCAGACCACCAUCUCUCGCUUCGAGGCUCUAAACCUGAGCUUUAAGAACAUGUGCAAGCUCAAGCCUCUGCUUGAGAAGUGGCUAAACGACGCGGAGACCAUGGCGAUAGACAGCAUGCUUCCCAGCCCGAACUCUCUCUCCUCCCCCAUGAUGGGGUUUGAGGGCAUGACGGGGCGCCGCAGGAAGAAACGCACCAGCAUUGAGACCAACGUCCGCGUGGCCUUAGAGCGCAACUUCAUCUUGAACCAGAAGCCUAACUCAGAGGAGAUUCUCCUGAUGGGCCAGCAGCUCAACAUGGAGAAGGAGGUGAUCCGGGUCUGGUUCUGCAACCGGCGCCAGAAAGAGAAGCGCAUCAACCCUUGCAGUGCCACCCCUCCCCUGCCCAGCCAGCCCCCCUCUAUGACGCACAAACCCCCCUGCUACAGCCCGCACAUGGUGUCCAGUCAGGGGCUGCACCAGGCUGCCACCAGCCUCAGCACAACAGUGACCAGUCCAUUACCCUCAGUGACCUGCCCUCUGACCGUCUGUGGCUCUGCAGCCACCAGCUCCACCCCCUCCUCUAGGACUCCGCCUCCACAUAGCACAGCCAGCCCCGCUCCUCCCACCCUCAGUACCCACAGCCUGAACGCUGGGAACACAAUGAUGGGAGUAAGCACAGGGAUGAACCAGGCUCUCGUCAGCAGCAAUCCCCUGGCCACAAUGCAAGCUCUGGCUGCCAGUGGUGGGCAGCUGCCCAUUUCCAGUCUUGAGGCCGGAGGUCAGAUGAUCCUGGGCGGGGCUGGGGUUCGCCCCUCCCUAUUCCUCAACCGCCACACCCUCCUGCCUAUGGCGUCCCACCAAGCCGGCGUGGGAUUGGUCGGCGGUCCCAGGGGAGCCUCUCCAUCCCCCGGCGCCAGCGGCAUGGACGUCGACUCCUGCUCCGCCUCUCCCUGCUCCAGCCCCGCCUCCUUCGGCUCGUUCAGCGAAGCCUCACCGCUGCCGCUUGGCGGGGCCAUGGCCGAGUGACGACGACACAACCCAAAGGAUCCUAUCGGAAGGAGGAGGAUGAGUUUUAGUGGAGCUUUACAGAAACACCUCACCUUUCAACCAAAGCCAUCUCUCUCUCCCUCCAUUUGUCGCCUCCGCUCUCUCUCCCGGAGUCUUUCAAAGCCAAAAAAAAUACACAGAUUGAAAGAGGAAGAAGAGAGCGAGGAAGAAUGGAGAGGAGGAGAGAACAGGAGAACGGUGGAGAUUUAAACCAAAAAAAUAUAUAUCUAUACAGUUGGAGAGGUGGAAUUGUGGAACGCAGUGAAUGCUAAUGUACAUUUACUCCUUUCUCUGGAAAAGAACAAAUGAACUGAAAACCUGAUGAAAAAGAGGGCAGGGAUGAGAACUGAACUAAGACUCAGAGAGAGAUGGGUGGCAAGGACACGAAAAGAAGGAAAGAAAGAAAGACUUUCAACAAGCUUCAGCAGAUGGAUGGAAAGAAAACCAAAUAAAAAAAACCUACAGGGGAAAAACACACAAAGAGAAAAAUGACAAACAUGCCAAAAUCUCCAAAACCGAAAUACCAAAAACUGAAACCAAAAAAACGGAGAGAAAAGCUUUACUUAAAAGACUUAUGAUUCUGAUCUGUCCAGGAUCAGCACAUCAACCACACUUAACAAGGCCAAAAACAUGUAUUCAUUUCAUCAUAAUAUAUUCUUUUAAAGUUUUGUUUACAACACUUUUACAACGCUUAUUUUUAGUAUUUUAUAUGAUUUGAGCUUUGGGUUAUGUCAUACCAAAUUAUUUGAUAUAGAUAUCUUAGUAGUGUCAGUCCUCCCACAUAUCUCUACCUACCUCUCUAGUGGCUCUACAGUUUCAACCUAGUUACAGUAUUAAACUGUGUUGUGGAUUUAGCAGUCACCUCAGACUAAUAAGAAUUAGUAACUUUCCAACUUAUUUUGUGGUUUAUUUUCUUAUUUCUGAUUUUUCUAAUGAUCAUCGUAAUUAUCAUCAUCAUCAUUAGGGCUAUUAUCUUCAAUAUUUGUUUAAUAUGAUGAGAUAUUUUUAUUUAAACUUUAUUUAACUAGGCAAGUCAGUUAAGAACAACAUCUUAUUUACAAUGACGGCCUACCCCGACCAAACCCGGAUGACGCUUGGCCAAUUGUGCGCCGCCCUAUGGGACUCCCAAUCACGGCCGGUUGUGAUACAGCCUGGAUAUUAUUGCCUCCUUUGUUUCAUAACUUAUUUUAUACAGUGGAGUCAAAAAUGAUUGACACCCUUGAUAAAGAUGAGCAAUAAUGACUCUAUAAAAUAAAUUAUUAAAAUACUGGGCUAUAUUGUAUGCAAAAAAAAUUAAAUUAUGUCAUACGAAUAAUUGCUCAGAGAAAGAGAUUUUCUUUA